AAAAAAAAAAAGAGGGUCAGUGAUAACAUGAAGACAAUUUUCACCAUUUUGCCCAGGGCUAGCCUCAUUCAUGGUUAUAAUCCUUCCUCUAUCUUCUGAUUACAUUCCUAAUAAAAUUCUCAUUAGCACAUAUUAAGCCAUUAUUGAACACCUGGAUAUACUUUGUUCCCCCUGAAUCAUAAACAAGAUGUAGGGAAUUCGUUGCACUACCUAUGCUAUGAUUUCAGAUGGAGUAUAAGGGAAAUGUCCUCAUUCUAGGUUCACUGAUAUCUUCCUAGAAUCUACUGGAAUCAUGGGAACUGGAAUACCAUAGAUUCGCUUGCAUUCGUAUUACAUAGGUCUUUCAAAGUUGACCUGAAACCAAUAUAUUUUAUUCUCUCCUAAACUUGGGCAAGAUCCUCUUAUUUGCACACAAGCUAUAAGGACUUCCCAAAAGAACGGUGGCUGUGGAACUGGAAUAGGUGUGUCCUCCUGGUGUUGUUUUUUUUUUUUUAAUAGCUGCUCAAGGAACAUAGGUAAGGGCCUUCUCUUCAUCUGCCCAUUUGGGGAGAGAUUAAAGUCACUGAGGCUUGUUCUCCCAUUCUUACUCAUUGAAAACUACAUCUUCACUGCCACAGAAGCCUCAGUUUGCAGACAGGACACAGGAAAGGAUUCUCUGAGAAGAAUAUUCUAUCUGGUGCCACUUAGGUGUCACCAUGUCUUCGGACUGCUUUGAGAUCACCAAUGACUACUAUCUCCUCUGUAACACUGAAGAAGCAUGGGGCAUCAUUUUAGAGUCACUGGCAGCCAUAGGGAUAGUAGUAACAAUUCUGUUCCUCCUGGUACUUCUCUUGCUCAUGUAUAAAGUUCAAGACUGCAAUCGAUGGAGCAUCCUCCCCACCCAGUUUGUCUUCCUCCUGAGUGUGCUGGGUCUCUUCAGUCUCACCUUUGCCUUCAUCGUCAGACUCAAUCUACAGACUGGCCCUGUGCGCUACUUUCUCUUCGGCGUCCUUUUUGCUCUCUGUUAUUCCUGCCUCCUGGCCCAUGCUUCUAAUCUGGUAAAGCUGGUCCAGGGGAGAGGCUCCUUUUCAUGGUCAACAUUACUGGGCAUUGCUAUUGGUGUGUGCCUAUUACAGAUCAUCAUUGCCAUUGAGUAUGUCACCCUCAUAAUGAACAGAGGUCCAAUGUUUAUAUAUAUGACCACAUAUCAACUCAACGUAGACUUUGUUGCGCUUUUGACCUAUGUCCUCUUCCUGAUGGUCCUAACCUUCUUUGUAUCCAAGGCCAUCCUCUGCGGCCCCUGUGAAGCCUGGAGGUGCCAUGGUACAUAUAUUUUCAUCACUAUGGUUUUCUCAAUUAUUAUCUGGGUAGUAUGGAUCACCAUGCUCUUAAGAGGUAACCCCCAACUACAAAAACAGCCCAGAUGGGAUGAUCCUGUCAUCUGUAUUGCCUUGGUCACCAAUGCCUGGGUCUUCUUGCUGACGUACAUUGUGCCUGAGUUCUAUGAUCUCUAUUGCUCAUGUAAGCAGGACAAUGUCUUCCAAGCUCCAACUUUCCAGCAGAGCUUCAAACUGGAGACCCAGGAUCUUUCUCGAGCCCGAGACAGUGAUGGAGCUGAGGAAGAUAUAGCACUAACAUCAUGUGGUACCCCUAUUCACCUACAGACUGUUGAUCCAAAUCAAGAGUAUCUCAUUCCACGGGCCAAAGUCAACCUCCACCAAGAUACAGGAUUAUAAAGGCAACAAGAAACAGCAAUGAGAAUUUGGGAAGAAAGACAGAGUCUACCUAAGCAUACGAUUAAGGAGCUGCAAUGCAUAUCUGUCCACACUGUAGUUGAAUUUCCAGAAAUCACCUUGCAAACAAAGCACCUGCCUCUCCUUGAUUCUUUCCUGAUCUACAAGGAUCCCUUCUAACAGUUCUUCAUCCAAAAAAUAAUUUACUUUGUGGAAAAAUUACAAUUUUGCUACCUCCUCUACCUUCACUGAGUCUCUUUUUCUUCAUUUUUUUCGCUGAGAAAUCCCCCUUCCUUAAGAACAAUUCCUGGUGUCACACUUGGCAUUUGAUUGGUAGAAUUUAAAGCAAGCAGUAGAUAAGCCCCCAUAAUUUACAGAUGAGUAAACCAAGGCCAGGAGAGGUAAAGUAGCCAAGUCAAAAAACAAACCCAGUUCAUCUGACUUCAAAUAUAAUUCUCUUUUCAUUGUAUGAGAUUGCUUAGUACUGGGUGGACCCAGCAGGCCCUUGUUUAAGA